AUGGCCCUGGGUCAGUCAGAUGCUGCUGAGGACCGAGGCCUGGCCACAGGCCCCGAAGACAGCCCUGGCAGGGCCAGAGGCACCAGGCACAGACUUCGAGCCGAGGUUCCUAAUGGUGGCUGUGUGGGGGGUGCUGGGUGGCAUCUGUCCCACUCACCCCCACCCCCUCACCAGCCGCAGGGAUGUUUCUGCUCAUCUUUGUCCCUGGGACCCCGUGGCCCCACUCCUUGCCCACAGCCCUCAGAGCCAGCCGGUGGCCAUUGCCCAUGGCAGGCUAUAAGCACUGGCCCACGACAGGCCCCAUGGGGCAGGGUGCGUGUGGGCCAGGACUUUGGGAGCCCAGAGGGCACUCAGUUGUCAUCCCAGCUCUGCAGCGUGGCCACUUGUGGUGCUCGUUCCACAUGGUUUCACCCUAACAUCAGUGCAGUUGAGGCAGAGAAGCUGCUCCUGUCCGGGGACCAGCACAGGAGCUUCCUGGUGAGACCCAGCAAGAGCUCCCCCGGCUUCACACUGUCCGGCAGGCGCCACAAUGAGGUAGCCUACAUCAAUGUCCAGAACACGGGCGACUACUACGAUCUCUACGGAGGGGAGAAGUUCGCCACGCUGGGCGAGGUGGUGCACCACUACACAGGCCAGCGUGGGGGGCUGCUCCGUGAGCGCAGCGGGGCCCCCGUAGAGCUCCGGCAGCCACUGGGCUACCAGGACCCUGUCUCUGAUCGGUGGUACCAUGGACACCUGUCUGGCAAGGAGGCCGAGCCGCUGCUGAUGGAAAAAGGACGUCUGGGCACCUUCCUGGUGCGGGAAAGUCAGAGCAAGCCUGGGGGCUUCGUGCUGUCCGUGCUCACACCGAGGCCUGAGAGGGCCGACCUCCAGCCGCAGGUCACACACAUCACGAUCCACUUCCAGCCAGAUGGGAAGUACGACGUGGGAGGAGGGAAGUUCGACUCCCUCGCUGACCUGGUGGAGCGCUACAGGAAGAACCCGAUGCUGGAGAAGUCGGGGACCGUGAUGCAGCUCAAGCAGCCCCUCAAAGCAGCGAGGAUCAACGCCGCGAGCAUUGAGAGCCGAGUGCGAGGGCUCAGCGGGCCCACUGGUGCCCGCGGGAAGGCCAAGCAGGGCUUCUGGGAAGAAUUUGAGAUGCUGCAGCAGCAGGAAUGUUGGCUCCUGUACCCCCGGGAGGAGGGGCAGCGGCUGGAGAACAAGCCCAAGAAUCGCUACAAGAACAUCCUUCCCUUUGAUACCACCCGUGUCACUCUGCGUGAUGUGGACGACACCGUGCCUGGAGCCGACUACAUCAACGCCAACUACAUCAGGAGCGAUCCGGAGAAGCCAGGUCACGGACCGGGCAAGGUGUACAUCGCCACCCAGGGCUGUCUGCAAAGCACAGUGGCUGCCUUCUGGGCAAUGGUGCACCAGGAGAACACGUGGGUCAUUGUCAUGGCCACGAGGGAGGUGGAGCGAGGCCGGAUAGGAAACAAAUGCUUCCGGUACUGGCCCGAGCUGCAGGGCAGCCAAGAAUAUGGCCGUGUGCGUAUUUUCAACUUGGCAGAGUACCAAGCCCAGGGCUACUGCAUGCGGGAACUACAGGUGUGGCGGCCAGAUCAGGAGGAGCCGCGGCGCACAGUGAAGCACUACCAGUACUUCAGCUGGCCAGACCACGGGGUCCCGGCCGAGCCCUCCGGCGUCCUCGGCUUCCUGGAUGAGGUGAACAGGGCCCAGAGCAGCAUGCCGGGGGCUGGACCCAUGGUGGUGCACUGCAGCGCCGGCAUCGGACGCACUGGCCCCGUCAUCGUGAUUGACAUCCUGGUGGACCUCAUCCGCAGGCAGGGUCUGCACUGCGACACCGACGUGCCCAGGACCAUCCGGCUGGCGCGGCGGCAGCGCUCGGGGAUGCAGACCGAGGCGCAGUACGAGUUCGGGCACCUGGCGCUGCGGCGGCACAUCCCGGCCGAGCGGCUGCGCCUGCGCGAGCAGCGCCGGCCGCCGGAGGAGCCCUACUACCUGAACGUGGGCCUCGGGUCGGCGGACCCCGGCCGCAGCGCUGCCCCCGUGUCGUCUCGGGCGCCGGCGGCGAUCCCAGAGGCGACCGGCGGCGAGUACGAGAACCUGCGGAGCCCCGCGCGGUGAGGGUGCCCGCCUGCGCGUGCCCUGGUGGGGGCCAGAGCCGCGCGGGAUGGGGGGGCCCGCCGGGCCGGGGCGCUCCUCGGAAGGACUGUGUUUAGGGCAGCUUCUCCCCGCGUCUCCCCCAGCCCUCAGACCCUCCCGAACGUGGCCUG